UUCUCUCUCUCUCUCUCUCUCACUCACUCACUCUUUCCUUUGCAGGUACCAAUACCCAAUACCCAUGGUGUUGUUCUGGAAGAAGAAGAGGAAACACUUUAAUCUUCUUCUUCUCCUCGUUUUCAAGUGAAGAUCUAAAAAUGGGUUUCUUUUCUUUCCUUUUUUAGAGUCUUAGGGUUUCCAUUUCCUGUAUAAUAAUUGCAGUAUGGGUGAGGGUUGGGAUUUCUGUUGGACUUUUUUAAACACAUAACAGUUGGGUUCAAUUCAAUUCAAUUUUUCUCUUCCUUCGAGCAAAAACUAAGGUUGAUAUGAAGCUUUCAGCGUCAGGCCUGGGUCAGCAUGGCCAUGAAGGGGAAAACAAGUGCUUGAACUCAGAGCUGUGGCACGCGUGCGCUGGGCCACUGGUGUGCCUACCCACUGUGGGGAGCCGUGUGGUCUACUUUCCUCAGGGUCAUAGCGAGCAGGUAGCAGCCACAACUAACAAGGAGGUUGACGCCCACAUUCCCAAUUACCCCAACUUGCCUCCUCAGUUGAUAUGUCAGCUCCACAACGUUACCAUGCAUGCAGAUGUUGAGACAGAUGAAGUAUAUGCCCAAAUGACACUGCAGCCUUUGACACCAGAAGAGCAGAAGGAUACAUUUCUUCCUAUGGAGUUGGGAAUUCCAAGCAAGCAGCCAACGAAUUAUUUCUGCAAGACACUGACAGCAAGUGAUACUAGUACCCAUGGAGGGUUUUCUGUUCCUCGUCGUGCUGCUGAGAAAGUCUUCCCUCCACUGGACUUCUCGCAGCAGCCACCAGCUCAGGAACUUAUUGCAAGGGAUCUCCAUGAUGCUGAGUGGAAAUUUAGACAUAUCUUUAGAGGACAGCCUAAACGUCACCUUCUUACUACAGGCUGGAGUGUGUUUGUUAGUGCCAAGAGACUUGUUGCAGGGGAUUCUGUUCUUUUUAUUUGGAAUGAAAAGAAUCAGCUUCUUUUGGGAAUUCGCCGUGCCACUCGCCCACAAACUGUAAUGCCAUCAUCUGUUUUAUCUAGUGAUAGCAUGCACAUUGGACUCCUUGCUGCUGCAGCUCAUGCUGCUGCAACUAAUAGCUGCUUUACAAUAUUUUAUAAUCCAAGGGCUAGUCCAUCUGAGUUUGUGAUACCCCUUUCAAAAUAUGUCAAGGCUGUUUUCCACACACGUGUCUCAGUUGGGAUGCGUUUUCGGAUGCUUUUCGAGACAGAAGAAUCAAGUGUUCGUAGGUAUAUGGGUACGAUAACUGGCAUAAGUGAUUUGGAUUCUGUUCGCUGGCCAAAUUCUCAUUGGCGGUCUGUGAAGGUUGGCUGGGAUGAGUCAACAGCAGGUGAGAGGCAGCCAAGGGUAUCAUUGUGGGAGAUUGAGCCUUUAACUACAUUUCCAAUGUAUCCAUCUUUGUUUCCCCUCAGACUGAAACGCCCUUGGCAUCCUGGUUCCUCAUCUUUGCAUGAUAACCGAGAUGAUGUAGCUAAUGGCUUAAUGUGGCUAAGGGGGGGAUCUGGAGACCAAGGACUACACUCUCUUAAUUUUCAAUCUUUCGGCUCAUUUCCGUGGAUGCAGCAGAGGCUAGAUCUUAGUUUCCCAGGAAAUGAUCAUACUCUGCAGUACCAAGCCAUGCUGGCUCCUGGGUUGCAGAACCUAGGAAGUGGGGAUCCCCUGAGACAGCAGUUGCAGCAAUCUUUGCAGUAUGUUCAACAGCCAGGCAGCCAUAAUUUACUGUUGCAUCUGCAGCAGCAGCAGCAGCAACAGCAACAGCGAGCUGUUUCACAGUCAGUUCCACAUAACAUGCUGCAGGCACAAUCCCAAAUUCUAUCUGAGAAUUUGCCCUCAGUUCUUGGACAGGAACAAGUAGGCAAUCAACUGGAGGAACAGGCUCAGCAACAGCAUAACAUGAAUCAAAGUGAUCAGCUCCAGCAGAGGCAGCCGGUUAAUGUGCCUUCAUCAUUUCUGAAAACAGAUUUUAUCGAGUCAGCAAAGUUCUCAGGAUCUGUUCCGGCUGCCCAGAAUAUGCUGGGUUCAUUGUGUGGUGAAAGCAGUGCAAAUCUUUUGAACUUCUCCAGAACUGGUCAGUCGAUACUAGCUGAGCAGUUACCGCAGCAAUCCUGGGCACCAAAGAGUACUCAUUCACAGGUAAAUGCCUUUGCUAGCUCAACAUCACUUCCACCAGUGUUUCAUGGCAAAGAUGCUAUAAUAGAGCCAGAAAUUGGUAGCUCUGAUGCCCAGAAUUCUGCUCUUUUUGGUGGUAACAAUGAUUCAUAUGGCCUUCUACUCCCCACCACUAUGCCUGGUUUUGCUACAUCAUCAAGUGAAGCUGAUGUGCCCUCAAUCCCAUUAGGGGAUCCGUCAUUCCAGAAUCCUCUGUUUGGUUGCAUGCAAGACUCUUCAGAGCUGCAGAGCACAGGGCAAGUUGACCCACCGACUCCAACUCGAACAUUUGUCAAGGUUUAUAAAUCAGGGUCGGUAGGACGCUCAUUAGACAUCUCCCGGUUCAGCAGCUACCAUGAGCUGCGAGAGGAGCUGGCGCAGAUGUUUGGAAUUGAGGGGAAGUUGGAAGACCCUCUUAGAUCAGGCUGGCAGCUUGUAUUUGUCGACAGGGAGAAUGAUAUACUUCUCCUUGGAGACGACCCUUGGGACGCAUUUGUGAAUAAUGUUUGGUACAUAAAGAUACUUUCACCAGAGGAUGUGCAGAAGAUGGGGGAGCAACGGGUGGAGCCGUUUAGCCCAACCCCAGGUCAAAGGAUGAAUAGCAGUGGCACUGGUGCUCGAGACCGUGUCUCUGGACUAUCAUCUGUUGGUUCACUCGAAUACUGAGCCUGCAUCUGCAUGUAUGAAGGUGCAACAAAUUCCAAUGAAUUUUCUGCUAUUGUGUUUCUCCCUUUAGUAGUCUGAGUGCUACAUGAGACUUGUUUUGCCGAGACUAGUUAUCCCCUUGGCUUUAGAAUACGUGUAACUAAGUUCACACCCUAGGUUAGGGAAUUAAUUUAUCUCCAACAUUUGUUGCAAAUCAAUACAUGUCCGUAGACUUUAAGCAAUAUAUGGUACUGUUAUUGUGCAA